GGCACGCCGGGAAGAGGCUGUAUCAGAGUAGAUGGAGCAUGUCUGAAGCGCAACAGGCCAGUGAGAAUGUCUGCUAUUGAAAGAACAGAUACAGCAUUGUUGUGGGAACUGAAGUCUUGGCUGGAGGAGAGCUGGCUACUAAUAAAGUGUUCCAAUGGAAUUGAAGAGCUUUAAGGAUGUUGCAGUUUUCUUUUCAGAGGAAGAAUGGAAAUGCCUGGAUGGAGAGCAGAAAAAACUGUACAAGGAGGUUAUGCUGGAAAAUUACAACAUGCUCAUCUCUUUGUGUCAACCUGCAUUAAUUUCAAACAUUGAAAGACAGCUUGAACCAUGGAUAAAUGGCAUUUGGGCAGAUGAAGAGAACCCCCUAAAUGCUGAGUGGAUCCAGGAUAAUCCUGAAUCUAAUGAUGAGAAUGCACCGACACCACCUGACCAGGCAGCACCGCCACCACCUGACCAGGCAGCACCGCCACCACCUGAGCAGGCAGCACUGCCACCACCUGAGCAGGCAGCACUGCCACCACCUGACCAGGCAGCACUGCCACCUGUCCAGGCACCACCACCUCACCGGGCAGCACCACUACCCGAACGGGCGGCGGCACCACCACCGGACCAGGCACCACUUCCUAACCAGGGGCUCAGUGUAGGCACUCAGACUGGGAAUGCCUAUUAUGACCACACUGAGCUCCUGGUCACCCUGGUCCACCAAGUGAAUGCCAUCAGGCAGGAUCUCAGAGAGGUCAGGGAUAUCGUGGAGUCCCUGCAGAGGGUCGUUGCUCCUCCUCCUCCACUGUAAUAUAUUCCUUUUUUGGGCUAGCAGCACUGUUGUUCUACUUUGUAUAUUAAAAAAGUUUUUUUACAUCUCUA